UGUUCUACCCAGAGCUGCGUGGCCCGGUGUUCUGGGUGGGCCAGCAGGGGGCACCACGCUGACAUCGGGGGGCUGACGCCGGGCUCGAUGCCCCCCCACUCCAAGACCCUCAGUGAGGAGGGGGCCGUCUUCAUCUCCUUCUUUCUCGUCAGGGCCGGAGUGUUCCAGGAGGAGGCCGUGUCGGAGGUGCUGGUGCGGAGCGGCACGCGGGCGCUGCGGGACAACGUGGCGGACCUCCGAGCGCAGGUGGCCGCCAACCACAAGGGGGCGACGUUGCUGAGGGAGCUGGUGGCCGCCUAUGGGCUGAGCGGCGUCACCGCCUACAUGGAGCACAUCCGGGCGAACGCCGAGCGCUCGGUGCGGGCGCUGCUGCGGGGGGCGGCGCAGCGCUGGGGGGCGGUGCUGGAGGCGGAGGAUCGCAUGGACGACGGCAGCCCCAUCUGCCUGCGGGUCACCGUGCAGCCCGAGGAGGUGAGCUGUGCUGUGCCCCAUAGCGCCCCAUAGCGCCCCAUAGAGACACACAGAGC